AUGGAUGGAUGGAUGGACGGACGGACGGCGGGCAGCCGCCCCACCCGCCCACGAGCAAAGUUGGCGAGGGCAGCGCAGCCUGUGCCACCCCCGGCCCUCCGCCAGCCAUGGGGACACAGGAGCCGCCGCYCCGGGCGAGGUGGCACCGGCGGGGCCGGGAAGGGGCAGCGCCGGGAGCGGCCGGGGCACCCAGAGCYCCCCCAGCCCWGGCAGGUGCUCGGGCUGAGCCGCCUUUGCCCCAGCCUCCCAUUGCCGGGCGCGGGCUGGCAGCGGCAAGGACYGGCCCCAAAGGGCGUCCCCGCCGCCCUCACCCCGAUUUGUAUCGGAUCGUGUUGUUUGUAUCGGAGGUGUAUCAAUGCGUUAAAGUUGUCGGUGUCUGUGUGGAUGCGUGUAAAUUUCCGGAAACUGAAAUUCACAAAAAUCGUGAAUGUUAAUCUGCUGGAUUCAAAAACAAUUCAAGGGGAGCUGGGCUGGAUCUCCUACCCGUCACAUGGGUGGGAAGAGAUUAGUGGUGUUGACGAGCAUUACACUCCGAUCAGAACAUACCAAGUGUGCAAUGUCAUGGAUCACAGCCAGAACAACUGGCUGCGGACAAACUGGAUCCCRCGCAACUCGGCUCAGAAGAUCUACGUGGAGCUCAAGUUCACCCUGAGGGACUGCAAUAGCAUCCCCCUGGUCCUGGGCACCUGCAAAGAGACCUUCAACCUCUAUUACAUGGAGUCUGACGACGACCACUCGGUCAAGUUCAAGGAGCACCAGUUUACAAAGAUCGACACCAUCGCGGCUGACGAGAGCUUCACCCAGAUGGACCUGGGGGACCGAAUCCUCAAGCUGAACACGGAAAUCCGUGAGGUGGGGCCCAUCAGCAGGAAAGGCUUUUACUUGGCUUUCCAGGACGUGGGCGCRUGCGUGGCCUUGGUGUCGGUGCGGGUGUACUUCAAGAAGUGUCCUUUCACUGUCAAGAACCUCGCCAUGUUCCCGGACACRGUGCCCAUGGACUCCCAGUCGCUGGUGGAGGUGCGGGGCUCCUGUGUCAACCAUUCCAAGGAGGAGGAGCCCCCCAAGAUGUACUGCAGCACGGAGGGAGAGUGGCUGGUGCCCAUYGGGAAGUGCUUGUGCAACGCCGGCUAUGAAGAGAGAGGCUUUGCKUGCCAAGGUAACGAUGCCCUCGGUGCUCGGAGUUCGGCCCCGAGCAGGGGCUUCCCCAGCUGUCCCCGCUCUGUGUGUUGGGUUGUGGUGGUUUUCUUCAGGUUCUGGAGAGAAAUAAAUUAG